AAUGAACGAGCCUAUAUGGUUACGGGUGUAAACAACCUAUAGUUUUCCGAAAAUUUGUCUGAAAAAAUGGAAUAGCUUGGCAAAAAUAGAAAAUUUGAUGCAUUUCCAGUGAGCUGAGUUAAAAAUGUAGACAAUUUAAAGGAGUCGCAACGAUACCCUGAAUAUUACAGAUUGACAGAAGAUUUAGGACAACUUGGGCAAUACAAUAUGCAUUCUAGGGCUUAUUUACUUUUGGACAGAGAAUAUUUCAUGCUGCAAAGAGAUCCUGUAUGGGGAAUAAAUGCCCACCCACUCUCAGAGGACAAUAUGAUGGAAUGGACGGCUACAAUACGAGGACUGAAGGGCACGAUAUGGGAAGGUGGAAUUUUUGUUCUCAGUUUGAAAUUUGAUGAAAAUUUCAAUUACAGGCCUCCUGAUAUCCGUUUUCAUACAAUUCCAUUUCAUCCAAAUAUUGACAUGCAGACUGGCCGUCCAUGUGUGGAAUUUCUUGAUAAUGUAAAUUACUGGAAAGAUACGUACAGUUUACAAAGCAUUCUGUUAGCUAUUCAGUGUAUGUUGUCAAAUCCGGUAGUAGCCAGAGCAGUAAAUGAAGAAGCAGUUAAUAUAUUUCAGAACUCACACAGUCUUUACAAGCAGAUGGUCAUAGAUUGUGUCAAUGCCAGCCAGAAGGUCUUUGCUGGUGAAACGAUUGCAUCAGAAGGAUCAAGGGUUCACUUUGAGAGCGGAACCGGAGAGAAGGAAGACCCUGAGAGCGGGGCUAACUCGGGUCUGAGCAUUCUGAAGAUGGCCAGAAUAUCGUUUGAUGAAUACCUUACAACGUGGACUGGAAUAGCAACGUCGAAAGCUCGGGCUGAAAUGAAGAAUCCUUUACUGGAGGCAAUUAGUAAUGAUCCUAAGCUUCAAACGGCUCACUUUGGCCUGGAUAUGGAGGAACUACAGAAUCAUAUGAAACAUCAGCUAGAAACGCACAAUUCUCUGAUGUACGGCAAGUUAGGCCCCAAGCAACCCAACAAAGAGCCUGAUGGGAAGGAAAAGCGACUGGAUCAUAUUAAUAAAAUGAGAAAGAUAUACCUCCCAAAACGAACAGUUCCCCCUCCAUCUACGGCCCCAAGCGAAGCAGAGGAUGCCUGGGAGAAGGAGGUCGAUGACCUGGUAGCAUGGACCAACGACCUCAGUGAUGAUCUCCUAAAGUGAUGUUCAGGUCAAAAUAUGAAAGAGACUUACCUAGUAAAAGACUCAUUCAGCUAAGUUAUUGAGACUGAAUAAGUUAGCUCAGAAGUCUCAGUGCACUUCAGUAUAAAGAGAGAGAUUAGUGAAAAAAGUGUAUUCAGUUCUAUAUGUGUAGACCCUGAAACUGGAAUGUUUUGAUCUUAAAAGAGAGAGCGAGAGAGAGAGAGAGGGGAAAAAACGAGGAGACAUAACAAGAGAGCAAGAGAGAGAGAAGGGAAGGGAAAAUAAGGUUGGAGAGUAGCAUGGCGUAAAUCUGUGAUGUCAUACAAUUCAAGUGGGGGAUGAAACCAGAGUUCAUACCCCCUGAGCAAUAGGUUCGCCGAUCGGAUUUCCGCCAGUGGAGAGCAGAAAGAAUUUGACAGUUGACAUUUAAAGUUUUGCAUGUUUUCUAGUGAAAGAAUCUUGUGUAUCGGUUAAAAUCAAUGAGGAAGAACAGAAGAUAUUCGAAGGAAAGAAGGAAGAGAUAGAGAAUGAUUAAUUUUGCUUAAUGAAUAACUUGCUAAAGGGAAAUUUUACCCUGACAAAAAGUUUAUUGUAAAAAUAGCAGAAAAAAUAAUGAAACAUAUUGGUGAAGGUUUGAGGAAAAUCCAUCAAAGAAUAAAAAACUAUUAGAAUUUUAAUUAUUUGAUUUGUGACGUCAUAUGCAAUCAGCUUUCCUACAUAUUGUAUGGUAAAAAAAAUCAAUGAAAUGACAUUUUGUCAGAAAUUUGGAAAUGAUUUUUAUUGUACCUUCAGUAUAUCAAUACACAGAUGAUUUCACACCUCCUCCUAAAAAUAAAAUCAAAAUCAAGUCAUCACUAACCAUUAAAAAAUGAAAUUUAUGCAUUUUAUGUUACAUAACAUAUGGGGCAGCUGCUCAUUUAUGACGCACAAAUAAAAAACUUGAAAUUCUAAUAACAUUCUUAAUCUUUAAUGGAUUUUCCUCAAACCUUCACCAAUAUUUCUUAUCAUUUUCCUGCUAUCUGUACAAUGAAAUUUUGUCAGGGUGAACUUCCCCUUUAAGUCUGGUGUGAAAUCAUUGGUCCUUUCUAUACUUGAUGAUCAAACAUCAAAAGCUAUGUUGGUUAUUAUUAUGUAGUGGGUUUGUAUUUUACUAGUGGCUACUCGUGCCAGAUAACAAAAGAGAAACUUUGAUUCGUUUCUGGUGAGAAAAAAAACAGUCAUUUGAAGGCAUUGAUAUCACUGCAGCUGCCCCGUCUAUUUUCAAAGAAGGAUUUCCAGAUAUUUCGUGUUCUGCAAUGCCAUGGGAACCGCACCAAUUAAUGUAAGAAAGCCUCAAGAAUCAUAGUGGAGUUUACUUUCGGAUUUUUGAACUCCAGUCAUUUUGAUAGUUUUGAAUCGUGUUGAGGAAAUGCUCAAGGGCUGUUACUUGCUACGAAUAAAGAGACAUUUUAAUGCAGAUAUAUGAAUUGAUUGAGCAUUUUUUUUCAUUUAGAGUAUUAUUCUGUAUCCAGAAUGAACUUGUUGAUCAAAUCUAUAUAUAGGCCUGCUUAAUGAUUACCCUAGGAACAACACUUGUUUGAGCACAGAAAAUAAAGAAACUGUAGAGCAAAUGGUAUCAUUUAAUGUAAAAGAUCUGUUUUUAUUAACUUCGGUCUAAAACUGCAGGAUAUCGAGGAGCCAUUUCUUAAAAGGUGUCAGUUAACAAUUUUGUCAACACUGUACAUGUUAAUAAUCUGAGACAAUUUUAUGAAAGUUGUCAGCAUUGACAACUUAUUGUUUUCGGACAGUUACCAUAGUAACAGACACUGAUGCUGCUCAGUCAAUCACAAGCAAGGAAAGUUGUCAGGUGUGCCUAGUAUCCCUCCCCACCUUUACAACCUGAUUUUAUAUUGUUGCUAAUCCCCCCAAUAAUAUUAUGAUUUUUAAAUAUGUGACCUCUAUUCCUAAUGCUUGUAUCUCUCCAUGAUAAUGUAUAUAAAAUAGAAAGCAAUUUGCAAUAUAUCUGUUUGAGAUUACCGGUAUGUUAUUUAUGAUGUAUGUGUGUACAUGUAUAUAAUUUUUGUAAUAGCAAAGUUCAAAAUGAAUAAUCAAGUUAACAAAAAAUC